GUUACAAAUGAGGCGCGUUACGCCGGUAAACAAACCCAAAUGCGAUACCAAUCAGAAUCGGUCUAAGACAAUAAAAAUAUUUUCGUCAGAUUAAGUUUUCAACGAACCAAAUUGAUGCCAUCAGACAACUGUAUAUCUCCCACUAGUAGCUGACAUGCAUGAGUGAUGAGUUUUGGUAGUAGAGUUAACUGAUAGAUACUAAUGAGUAACAUAGCGCGCAGUUUCCAGUUGCAGCAGUUGUAGACGCCAAGAUGAUUAGCUAUUCAGUGCCAGACUAUCAUUAGUGGCUUAUUAAAUUCCCAGUUUGCGUGAGUGGAGUAAAUAAUAGAAAUGGAAACAAUGGCCUGUUUUAAUCGAUAUUUUUGAUCGAGAAUAUGAUUUAUCUUUUCAGUGUAUCUCGUGUUUAGUGGAAUACUCCUUCUUUAGCUAAUCACCUGCCCUAAACUUGUUCGAAUAGAUACUUAGCAGAGAUUGAUGGGAAUAUUAUUGCGAAUCAUGCUAUUUCUACUGUAACAGUAAUAAGUAUUCAAAUGUUGAAUAGAUAAUUCUUCUCCAGGAUAUUAGAUUUGUGUAUGAAAUAGUGUUUGAAUAAUCAAUUUUCAGACAAGAAGGAAAUAACGCUCUCAAUAAAUAUAUAUGUUAGGUAUGUUCAGCUCUGUUCGAACAUCUUCAGUUAGCUUUGCUAAGCAUUUAAAAGCAGCAGUGAUGAGUAAUAAUCUUCGGAGCUGAUUAUCGAUUUCAAAUCAAGCUUCUUCUUUAUUUUUCUUGUGUUUUGAUUUGAGCUUGUUCUUUUUCGCAGGUGACAACUACAAACCUAGAAUUUUUUUUAACUGUCUCUUUUCAAAGGGUAGAUGUUCUUAAAAAUUAUUGCUUGGGUAACACAGCGACAGAUUCGUUGGGUUGCGUAUUUUGAGUUCAAACGGGGUCGAGUGGUUGUUCAGGAACGUUUGUGUUUUUUGGCUUAAAAUGAUGACGUUUUAUCUGGCAAAAUAUCAUGUUUUUUGUAAUCAAAAUUUUCUUCAUACAUUCGUACUGGCGCACAUCUUGAUUGAUAUCCAAAUUACUGGGCUUGAACCAUGAAUCAUGAUCGAAUCAUCUCUAUUGAGAAUAUAGCUCAAAAACCUUUGCAAUUAACAUUGCACACUAAUUUCACUUAACUUGUAUCAAAAAUCAAUUUAGAAGCUUCUAAUUUCGUUUUGAGCUAAAACAAUACAACCAGUCGUAUCAAAUAAAAUUCCGCAACUGAAAAAUGACAUCUCACUAUACAAACACGGACCAAGUCACACUAGUGAUUAGAACCGUCAUUGUCGUGUGAAAAACGACAAGAAAAGUGCAUGAAACAUUUUCGUUGCAAUUAGCACCCAAUUGCGAAAAACACACAUCGCCCGAAGAUAAUCUCGUCGGUGGUGUGGUGCGAAAACAAUUUGACUCGGUUCGUUCCUAUAAAAGAUUCGUCAAGAAUCAGCUGCGGGAAUCAUUUCUAUUUGAAACUCGUUUCAGCAUGGAUUUCAAAAAUUUCGUUAUUGUGGCACUGUUAGAGUUUGGACUAAUCAAUUGUUAUUUGCCACCCAGUAUACAGGUGUGUCACCUAGCCGAUCCAGACCUGGAUCAGUGCAUAAUCGCGUCUGUAAAUGGAAUUCGAUCGAACAUUGGAUCGGGAGAUUUUGGUAAUGGUACCAAACUGAUCGCAAUGGAUCCGGCCUUUGUUGAUCGGAUGGACAUCGAUGCGGGACCAAGUUUGCAGGCCAGUUUUCGUAACUGCACCGUAACCGGAGCGAAAACUUACCAAAUUGAUAAGAUGCACUUUGAUGUGCCCAAGAGAAUGCUAAAAGUUUUGCUCACGCUAGCUGAAAUGAAUUUGAGGGGAAAGUACAUUAUGCGGAUGAAGCUUUCAAUGCUGCAGCUGGAUGGAGCCGGGGAUUUUACGACGAAUUCGACCGACGUCAAAGUGCUGCUCAAAAUACGUUACGCACCCGUCGAGCGGACCGAUAGCGCUGGCGAAAAACGGCCGGGGGUUCGUUUUCUUCCGGUGGACUUUAAGGUCAAGUUUGCCGGCCCAGUUCGAUUUUAUCUGCAGAAUUUGAUAAACGGACAGCCGGAGUUGGACUCGAUAGCUAACGAGGCACUCAACCAGAAUCCAGAUCUACUGCUGGAGAAGGCCAUUCCCGCCAUCAGGCAAUUCUUUUCCGAGCGAUUUACAGCCGUCGCAAAUGGGUUGGUGCAGGACGCCGAUCUAGACGAAGUCUUCCCGGUGUAAUGUUUAUCAGCGAUUAAUCAUUGUAUAUCCGAGUCGGCUCAGCUGUUGUUAAUUGUUUAGCGAAUAAAUGUGAUGUUUUUCAA